AACCAGGGAGAAAGACUGGUAGAGAAGCGUCAGGAAGAGAAAAUUAGCUUUCUACUAAAAACUAUCAAAAAAAGAAACACUGGAAGGCAGCAGUUGCUGGACGUUUCUUCUCUCUUUUCCACUUCAUGUUUCUUCUCUCUUUUUUCGUUUGCCAACAAGAAGAAAAAAUUACAUUGCAGAUGUGCAGAGUUAGAAACAGGUGGUUUUAAUUUCUGAGCUUUGAAAUUAAGGAGAAAAACAUCUUGAUCUGGAGUUGGGGUUUUGUUGAGGAGAAAGAAAAUGGUUGGGUACAUGAAGAAGGAGAUGAUAGAAGAUUUAGCGAUUGUAGGAGGGUUGAUAGUGGUGCAGUUUAUGUAUGCAGGGAACUCUGUUUUCUUGAGUUAUCUGAUGUCUCUUGGUUUUACACCUUCUACCAUUGUUAUCUUCUCUACUUCUGCUACCUUCCUCAUCACCUCUCCUUUUGCUAUUUAUUUUGAAAGGAGGAAAUGGCCUAAGGAACUCACUUUCAGAUUGACGAUUCAGCUCGUUUUGAUCUCUUUUGCAGGGGUAACUUUAUUUCAAUCUUUAUUCCUGAAGGGGAUUAAACUAACCUCACCAGUACUGGCGACAGCGAUGCCAAAUCUUGCCCCAGGACUUAUUUUCCUCAUUGCUUGGACGGCAAGGCUAGAGAAAGUUAGCCUAAGCUGUGUAUACAGCAAAGUGAAGAUUGUAGGUACAUUGCUGUGUGUAGCAGGAGCACUAUUAAUGAGUUUAAUGCACACCUCUAACGAAACAAAAGAUGCCCACUUUCUAGUUCCCUCGGUGGAUUUCAUUUUUGAUAAGCAAAAGAUGAUUGGUUGCAUGUAUCUCAUGGGAGCUGUUUUUGUUCUCUCCAGCAACGUUGUAUUGCAGGCUUUUACUUUGGGUGGAUUUCCUGCACCAAUGUCACUGUGUGCCAUAACAUCCUUGAUUGGCGUGGUUAUAACUGCAAUGGUUCAGUGGGUUCAAGAUCCCAAUUUUGGAAUCACUUGGCCUCUCGUGAAACUUGAGGAGCUCAUUGGCUAUUCCUUACUGGCAGGUGGUGUGGGUGGAGCUUGUGUGAGCUUCAAUGGAUGGGCAAUGAAGAAGAGGGGCCCAGUUCUAGUGUCCAUGUUUAGCCCCAUUGGAACAGUCAUCUCAGUUGUUCUCAGCAUUGUCACCUUAGGUGAAAGCAUCAAAUUAGGAAGCCUUGCUGGUAUGCUGCUCAUGUUUACUGGGCUAUAUUUCGUGCUGUGGGCGAAAGGGAAAGAAGGAUACCUUGAUGGGGUUGGCAUGGAAAGUGACUUCGAUCCCCAGAAGCCUCUGUUGAGUUAAUCUAAUGGGUUUCCUGGAUAGACCUGUAGCUAAAACUUAGAAGAUAGAAAGUAAGUUGGGGAACACAAGAUAAAAUACUUUUAGAAUUGUGGAGUUUGUUGGACGAAUUUCCUGGUUUUGUUCUUAAUAUGGACUAAUGUUUGACGUUGAUCAGAAAAUGCAGCACAGAUAAAUAAAUGUAUAUAGUUAUUAAGCUCCUGCAUGCUUUUCUACUGCAUGUUUCUGGAGAAAAACAUGAUGAUCAGGUUACAUAUAUGUAUGUUGCUUAAUUUUAGAAUUUAGGAGGGGGAGAUAAGUUGUUGCUUGCUGUGAAAAAGAGGAGUUCACGAUCAAUUUGAGAAAUUUAUGCAGUAAGCAAAAAUAGUUUGUACUAAGACUAGCUCGUAUCAGAAAAAUGCGUACUAGUUCUUUUUGUUUUAUUAUAAUGGGGAACUGCACAUGCUAAACCUAUGAAUUUCAUAUGGAAUUGCAUGUGCAGAUGCAUAAAAUGUUUUUAAAAAAUUAAAAAUAGAAUGAAAAUUUGCACAGUGACUUGCUCCAGGAC